AUGGCUAACCAGCAAUUGACCCAAUUCGUCCAAGGAAUUAUUCAAGACCAUUCCGAUGCUCGUGAGGGGAGCUUUGCAGUUCACUGGGAAACCUCGAGCCCGGCAUACAACUGCUUCGCGUUCGCUGUGGGCGACGACACCCGCUGGUUGACGCCUAUGAAUCUUCUGGACCUGGAAUGGAUGUACGCCCAAUAUGGUUAUUUUAGGGUUGCAGAGGGCUCUCCCCAGGUUAACGAUGUAGAGGUCUAUGCCAGAGGUGGCAUGCCUCUGCAUGCCCACAAGAUCUCGAGUGCCUUGCCGGGGGACAGGCAGUGUGACUCGAAGAUGGGACAAGGGCCCAUCAUCUCCCACUCUAGGGGGAUGCUGCAGUCCCCAAUGCGGCACCGGUCAACCGAGCGAAGGUACGGCACCAUUGUGGCUCGAUACCGGUAUAACAAACAGAAGCAAAAAGAGUGGCAGGAGGAGCAUCUAACCAAAACUUCAAGGGGCCGCACAAUCUUGAAGCAUGGAGCUGCUGCGACUGGAUCGGGUGCGAUCAUCCAUGUCGGCGACCUAGGCAGGACGAAGUCGGGAAGGAUCGUGAGGAAGCCGACGAGGUAUGGAGCGCCGAUUGCCAAGAAAGGGGAGACAGUCCCAGUAACUCGGGAAGAUGGAGGGAAUGGUGGAGAGGCUGUAGGUGGGGACUAA